CGAGCGUUCCUCUCCUCGCGGCCGACGCUUUCUGCCGCAGCCUCCACCGCGGACGCAGCGGACCGAGGCCUCCUCUGUCACCGACGGACGGGUCCGACGGCUUAGCCUUCGUCCGUAGCUUCCUUCCGCCGCCGCUGGCAGUUCCUUAUACCGUCGAGGGAGAGGACCGCAGCUUCCUCCACGACUGACGUACACUUCGGAAGCUUCGUCCGUCCACGACGUCGCCGUCCGCCGCUGUCGCAACUGCCGUCCGCAGCUUCCUCCGUCACCGCUGCCUUCUCCUUCCCUACUGUCAACCAUCGCCAUCGAAACCCUAGGGUUGGAUCGACAUCGGGCACCAUGAUCCCGGGAGGUCAGAGCUUAGUUUCGUCACCUCCUGUCUUCUCGCAUGAUGGCAAGAAGCUCCUGGUGUGCACUGGUUGCACUGUCUCCAUCUUCAGCACCUCUACCGGCAUGAAGAUUAUGGAAUUGGAGGGUGGUCACACUGACCGUGUCACGUCGGUUGUCGUUGUUCCAGUAGCCGCGCCCUCGAGUAAGUUCAUCAGCUACUGCUGGACAUCAUCGAUAGAUGGGACCAUCUGUUACUGGGAUUUCUCUGUGCCUGAGUUGAUAAAGAAGGUGAAGGUCCAGCUUCCAAUCCAUUCGAUGGUCAUUCCGAAUAUUUCAUGCACACCCAUUGGAAGCAGUGAGAAGACAUCUAAUCAUUAUGCAUUUAUAUCAGUUGAAGAUCCAACCAUAUCAGCUGAUGAAAAUAAGGCAUUUCGUGGGCAGAUCCAGAUUUACAAUUUAACAAAGUCACGUCGUGUUAGAGGAUUGUUGGCUGAGACCAGAAAACCAGAGUUAUUAUCUGUGAGUAAAAAUGGGGAAUUCUUAGGUAUAACGAACAAAAGAAAACUUGACAUUUGGAAGAUUCCUUCAAAUGAUUUUAGGAUUGAAGAAAUAAAAAAGAUCAAGCUGCAUCACACAAAGAAGUUGACUGCUUUAGCAUUUCAUCCAAAACUGAGAAUGGUGGCUGGAGGUGAUGUAACAGGAAGGAUCUUGAUGUGGAUUGGUUUUGGGAGAAGAAAAUUCUCAGGAGAUUCACAAGCAACCAAUAAGAAAAAGAAUUUAACUGAUGAAGAAAAGCCUGGGGUGAGGAACAAUGAUGAUGCUGAUUCCUGCUCGACAUGGCAUUGGCACCCUAGUGAGAUUAAGUUUCUUUCCUUCUCUUCUGAUGGAGCUUAUUUGUACUCAGGUGGAAAGGAAGGAGUCAUUGUGGUUUGGCAGAUCGACACUGGAAAGAAAAAAUUCAAGCCACGUUUAGGAUCACCACUUUUAUACUUUACUGAAUCUCCAGAUCCUUCUCUUUCUUGCGUAACUUGUGCAGAUAAUCACAUCCAUCUGUUAAAAAUGCCUACAAUGGAGAUCACAAAGUCUAUUGCUGGAAUCAAGCUUCCUUUCUCAUAUCCUGUUGGACAUAAAGGCUUGUGCACACAAGUUGCAUAUGAUGAGACAGCUGGGUUAAUUGCUGUGCUGACUGAAGAUUAUUGUGUACAGUUCUUUAGUUUGUUUGAUAACCAUGAGGUUUCACAGGUGCAAGUGUGCAAAAGAAAUUUCCAACCCGUGGAUGAUGUCACGCUAUAUGUGGCUCUAGUCUCUGUUUCCCUUGAUGGCUCCCUAAUGGGCACAGUUGAUGUUAAGAUUCCUGAAGAUGGAUUAGGUGGACUUGUAAGUCUGAAAUUUUGGAUGCGUGGCUCUCGGAUUGCAGAGUACUCAUUGUCAACUGUCAUUUAUGAGCCUCACAGUGAUGCUGAAAUUUCUUCUCUUGCAUUCCGUCCUGGACAUUGCAUGGCUGUCACAUCUUCUUUUGGUGGUGAUUUUAAGAUUUGGAUUCAUAAUUUGGGCAUCAAGUUAAAUGAUCAGUUGCACCAGAAAACUGGUUGGCGAUGCCAAUCUGUUGGUUCAUAUAAGGGUAGACCUAUGACAGCUGCAGCUUUUUCUGCUGAUGGAUCUGUUCUAGCUAUUGCAGCAGAGUCUGUAGUUACAUUAUGGGACCCUGAUAGCAAUGUACUUGUGGCUGUAAUUGGAGAUACACAUUCGCCAAUCACGUCGUUGUCAUUUAUCGGGAAUUCGGAGUAUCUGGUGUCACUUACAGGUGGUUCAACACCACAGUUAGCUGUUUUGAGUACUUCAAAAUUAAGAUUGUCUUGGUCAUACAAGCUUGUUGCAGAGGCCUUAAGCAGUUCUCGUGAUACAUCUCAAUUUUCUGUACUAGUGCUUCUCAAUUCACAAUGUGGAAUUGAGAAAGAAAAUGGAGUAAUAUUAUUGUUCGAUGUGGAAGAUCCAGUUCCUGUGGCAACUUGGAUGGUGAAGAAGGCAAAGGGUGGUAGCCUUGCUUUUGUACCUGCUAAUCCAUCUUUUGAUGAAAUCAAAGCUAUGGAUGGAGAAAAACCUUCUUUGCUGGUAUAUGUGAAUGGCGAUCAUGAGUACAUCAUCUUUGAUCCACACAACAUGGACAAUAGAAUUGGCAAGAGUUCUCGAACAAGUCAAAUUGCUUUGGAAGAAGCUGGCAUGUUCGGGUAUGCGUCAAUUUAUGGGGAUCUCUCUAACCUAAAUCCAAAGCAAGACCAAGUUCCAGAAAUCACAUUUGCCCCCUCAGAAAGACCUUGGGAAACCAUAUUCAAUGGAUCUUCCCAUGCUCUUCCACCACUAACCAAACUUUGCUCCACAUUUUUGGCAUCCUUGAUCGAGAAGAAGCCAAGUAUGAAUGAAUGAUACCUUUAAGAUCUUUGGACUCUAAUAUGCAGUCACCACUAUGCAGUCUCCAUGUCUGACACAUGAAGAGUUUACAGAAAGCGAUAAGGCCUUCAAUCAUCAAAAUGGUGGUAUUCAGUCUUUUUUUGACCGCUAAAAAAGAUUCUAUGUUUGUGGCAGCCAGAGGAGCAAAUAUCAAUCUGCUUGCAGAAAGUGGCCAUUGAUUUAUAACGUGUAGAAAUCUCAGGAGGGUGCUCAUGAGCUCAGCUGGGUUCUGAAAAUUUUGUAAUUUAGCUAAUGUGCUUUGUAAAUUGGGAUUCCGAAUUUCCUACUUGUAACUGGCAAUUGUUUUCUUUAAUUUUUGAAACUCUUGAUUCCCAAAUGCAUUGAGUUGAGAUUGAUUUCGAUAAUAUAUUUAUACAUUUAUUUUUGAA